AUGAGUAAUCAAUAGAAGAAUACCAUUUAAAAACCAUCUUCUCCAAACAAAUCAUCCAUAUUUCAAACAGGAGCUUUAAAAAAUAGAAAUUAAUCCCCAAUACUUGUAUCAUAGAAGUAACCAAUUAAAUCUUAAGAAAAAUCUCUAAUACUUGAUGAAUCUAUUACCAAUAAUAAUUAAUGGAAGUAAACUACUGAAAUUCAAAUAAAGAAUGUAAUUAAAUCUUCCUAUAAAGAGCUUUUAAGCAGAAUCCAACUUGAAAGAAACAAUUGAAUCAAUAGUUUAAAAUAUAACAUUAAAAUUAAAAUAACAAGAAACAGAUUUAUUUAUAAAAGAGUUAAAUAGUCCUAUAUUAACAUAAGAUCCAAGUGUAGCUUUAUAUUAGGCACCUAUUGAAAAGAGCAAUUCAACUUAAGAUUUAUUCUCUAAAAUUGUAGCAUAAGAAACUAAAAAAGCUAGAGCUGUUAAAUAAUUUAUUUUCAAUUAGUUUUCUUCUAAUGAUCAAUCUUUAAACAUAUCCAUCAAUUCUUCAUUUAGUACUUAAUAACAGUAAAAAACUUAAAUAAAUAAUAAUAUUAAUAAGAAUAGAUAAAAUAAUGGUGGAAGCCCUUCAAAAUUCUAAAAUAAGACAUUUUAAUAAGAACCCUUGUUAGAUCAGAAAUCAAAUUAGGUUUUGAAUUAAUAAAUCAAAUAAUUAGAAUAAAUGAUUUAAAGUACAAAUUAACAAUACUUAUAACUAUAAGAAUAAAUAAAGAAAUAAAAUUCAGAUUUAUGUAUUUAAAUUAAUACAUAAGCAUCUAAAAUUCUAUUAUUAGAAUCAUAUUUUAAUAAAAUUGAUUAAGAAUAAAAUAGAGAAAAAUAAAUUAUACAUUAACAAUAAAUAAAAAAUGAAAAAUAAGAAAUUAAUGAAAAUACAUCUAAUUAAGAAGUACAAAAAUAAUUAUAAUUGGUUAUGAAAAACUUAAAUUCACUUGCUGAACAUUAAUAAUAAUAAAUGAUGAUUAUUAAAACAGCUUUGACUACUGAAUUGAAAAAGGAAUUUUUAUGUUCAUCGGAUUAUAAAUUAAAUUAAUAAGAAUUGUAAUCAUAAUUAACUAUCUUAAAAGAUUCAGUUAAAUAAACAUAAUAAUAAAGUUAAGAGACACUUAUAAGAAAAUAAUAAAUGAUAGAAAAUCUAAAUUUAGAAAUAAAAAAUUUGAUGAAUAUAAAUAAAUUGAAGAAUGAAGAAAUUGAUUAAAUUAAAUUAUAAAAUGAUGCAAUUAUAGGCUAGAUAAAUGAAAAUAAAGAGGAAAUAAUUAAAUAAAACUAAUUUAUAUCUGAAAUAUAUAAUUUAUAUUAGAAAAUAAAUUAGAAGCUGCCAAAUGUAUGA